GGGUAACAGAAGAUGAGAAUUGAAGCCAUUUAAUCCACUUUUGACUCUUCCUAAAAAAAAUGAAAUAUCUAAUUACCAGGCGUCUUGCACUAAUUUGAUAGAUUUCUUUCUACCCAUUAAAUCACUACUGCUUGCAUAACUUCAGCUGUUUUGUCUGAAGCUCCUUGCUUGCAUGAUUUUGUUGCCGUGUAGUAUGGCAGAGACUUGAAGAAGAGAAUCAGGAAUUCUUUGAGGUUUAUCACAUUCGGUUAGCAUUAAAGGAGCAGAUACAGCAGUUCAAUGAAUUGUUGAAGCAGCAAGCAAAUAUGGAGAAGAUCCAAAAUACUAGAGUUACUCCUAUGCCACUUUCUAAUGAAUCAUGCGAGGCACAAUUCCAACAGAAUGCUGGCUGCUAUGCCAUUGAUCAGACAAGACUAUCAAUGAUGGCUGACACACUUCUUGCUCAGAACUCUAAUUCCAUGAGAUUGAUGCAUGGUUUGAAUGGAGGGAUUUUUGCUUCAGAAAGUGGCUAUCCUUCUGAUCCUACCAUUUUCUAUGAUAAUGACCCCAAUCUAGGUGAAGUGUACGCCUCCAUGGAAGGUGCAUCUAUUGCAACCUAUACUGGUAUAGGGGCAAGCUCGCAGCCGUUAAAUGAGACAUUGCUGGGUGUGAAUGGUUCAUUUGGGCAAUUUGGAGAGAAUCCUAAAGUGUUCAAUAUUCCCGAUUUAGUUUAUAAUUGUAAGGAUUUACUUAUCUUUAGUCUUCAUUUCCAUUUUUAAUUGUACUACCGGGAUGAA